CAGGAAACCAGGCUAAAUUACAACCUUCGGGUUCAAUAUUGUAACUACUACGUAACAACUCGGCCAUUUCCGUAGCCUCAAAUAAUUUUAAUUUGUUUGGUUACGGAAAAAGACGAGUCUUUGAGAGGUUAGCCUGGUUCCUUGGUCAUCCUUGUCAAAGCAAUACACGUAGCAAAACAGGGACUGGGAACCAGACUAGUUUAAAGGUUUGCCUAAACACACUGACGUGUAUGAAUAACAAGACGCCAGGUGUAAAAUAAGUUGUAAUCAAUGAUUUUGCUUAAUUGAAUGACCCUUUCCUAAUUUGAGUCCUGCAAUGCCGAUAAACAGAGCAAAGUGCUUGCCACGACAGUAGUGGGAACAUAACAACACUUUCAGUGGAAACAGAACAGAAAUUAUUUUAUGUGAGAUGUCAAGAUUAUUGAUUGGUGUUCGACUUGUAACAUGUGUUAGCUUGAUUCUUUUUACUAUAAGCUGUUAUAAUAUGAUGGUUAAAAGUGAAAAGGCUUCAAACAAGAAACAACAGACAAAUGGUGGAUCAACUCCUGCAGACCUUCCAAAACGUAUGAAACCUGUAGGUCCUGCUACAGAACCUAGUGAACCUGGAUCCGUGACUCACAGAACCAGUGCUCUUACAGUUGUUCCUGAUUCUGAAGAUGAAGAGGAUGCUACAGUCACUACAGAGGAUGAAAAUACACCAGAUUUUAGUAACAUGGAUGUUUUCUACCCAACAAAGGAAUGGCAGGAGCUAAAGCCAGGUCAAGCCAUUCCAAAAGGGCUGCAUGUAAGAUUGAACAUGCAGACUGGUCAAAGAGAGGCCAAGCUAAUGGAUGGAGAUAGUGGACUCAAGUACUGGGCCAAGGAUGGAAAACAAGGGAUUGUCAACACAGACAAAGAUUACUUUACACCUGAGGAUCUGAAGAAAGCCCUGAAAGAAUUCAAAGUCAACAAGAUAGAUGAUGAAGAUACUGAGAGGAUGGAGGAAGUGAAACAGAAGUACAAGAGUUACGACCAGCUUAAAAAGGAUCUAGAGAGUUUAGAAAUGGACAUCAAAACUGACCGUGAGACAAUCCUCGAGCUGACCAGUAUGUUGAACUCCACUUCUAUUGACAACACAGAGCGGAUUGAUAUCAUGGAAAACUUACUGGACUACAUGCAUCAGAUUGACAAUGCUAUCCUAUUUUGUGACAUUGGUGGUAUGAAAAUGGUAAUAAAGAGUUUGAAUGACUCCGAUGCGAAUGUGAGGUCCAUCUCGGCGUCACUCUUGGCAUCAUCUCUCCAAAAUAACCCUAAAGUAAAAAUAUACUGUAUUGAGGCUGGUCUUCUCCAGCACUUUGUGCGUGCACUUUCAACGGAAGCGGAAGUCUCCGUGAAGAGGAAACUCUUAUUUGCACUGUCAGCAAUGGUUCGUAACUUUCCGUACGCUCAAAUGAAGUUCGGCAAACUAGGUGGGUUCAGCGUCCUGGCGAAGUUGUUUUCAGAGCAGGGACCCACAGAAGAUGUGAUGAAACUUACCGAGAGGGCGCUGUCCCUGGUUGUUGAUUUAAUGGAAGAGCACGAAUCAGUAACCAAGGACAACAGAGAUCAUUCUUCCAAGGAGAUGUUAAAACAGUAUGAUGAGUUUCCUCUGCAGGAUCAUCUCAUUCAAAAUGGAUUCUGUGGAAUAGUUUGUGAUCUCCUAGAUAAUAUUCCACCGCGAGAGUUUGAGAGCAACGUGGAGAUUAUUCUGAAAGCUGCCCUUAAAUUAAAGGACUCGUGUUUGCGGAAUUUCAAAGAUCAUGCUGGAAAAGUCAAAUUUCUCCGCGAUAACUUAAUACAUCUUUACCAUCAAGACACUGAAUUAGAAUUUUACAAAGAUUGGUCUGAAAUUGCAAAUAAAUUAUUUCAUUUUUUGAUGAUGAAGGACGAACUCUGACCAGAAUUAAACAGAGAGACUUGAAUGAACGUACCAGGUCUUGACAGGUGCUCAGUUUGAUACUUGCACAUAGUUAGGAUGAAGGCCAAGCGGUGUGGAACUUAAAUUAACAGGGGUAAAGCUGUAAAAGUGACUAAUAUAACCGAUGCGGUGGUUUGUUGAUGAUAAAGAAAAAUGAUGUUGAAAUAUGUGGUUGUUAUUGAAAAUGAAAAGAUGAAAAAUGAGAGAGGAAUUUUAGUUCCUACGAUUUUA